GCGCCGCCUCGUGUUUGACGAAUUCUUCUUCCUGCAGCUGCGCAUCCUGCUGCUGCGCCGCCGAAUCCAGCUCUGCCACCUGGCAGCCGCAUCCGCCGCCGUAGGAUCCGCUGAGUGGAAUCGGACGGUGCUGAGCGCGGAACACUGGGCUCCCUCACGCAAGAAAUGCUCGCCUCGCUGCCGUACAGGCUCACAGCUGGGCAGAUGCAGGCUGCCCGGGAGAUAAUUUCUGACAUGAACCGGCCCGUGCCCAUGGCUCGGCUCCUACAGGGCGAUGUGGGGUGUGGCAAGACGGUGGUGGCCCUUUUAGCAUGCAUGGAGGCGGUGGCGCAGGGCUACCAGGUGGCAGUCAUGGCUCCCACGCAGUUCCUCGCCCAGCAGCACUACGCGCGCUUUGAGCAACUACUCGAGGCGCUGCCCUGCUCGCCGACCGACUGUUUGUUUGUUGACCGCGACGGUGAAACGGGCCAAGGCCGUGCGGCUGGCCAUCAAGGAGGGUCGAACCUCUAUCGUGAUCGGCACGCACGCGCUCAUCGCCAAGGCCACUUCUUUCCACCGCCUGGGGCUGGCAAUAGUGGACGAGCAGCACCGGUUCGGAGUCAACCAGCGGGCCAGGCUGCAGGAGAAG